CUUGAGUCAUAACGGUGAAACGUUACCGGAAGUGUAAGAACGAACGUUUUGCCGCUUUGGAACAGCACAGCAGCAUCAGUCAAGGGAAUGAUGGAAGAAUUUGAAGAUGGUGAAGCCCAUCUGUCUGAUGAUUUGACCCAGUGCAAGACCUGUAAAAGAUGGUUCUUCUCCAAAGUCCUGGAGAGGCAUGCAAAAAUUUGCCAAAAGUCAGCAGUUAAAAGAAGGAAAGUAUUUGACUCCAGCCGACAGAGAGCCGAGGGGACAGACAUCUCCACUCUGAAACCGAUCAAACCAAAGUCACAAAGCUCAGCAGUCUCAGAGAAAGCAGAACCUCCGAAGAAGGCAUCCAACUGGCGUAAGAAGCAUGAGGACUUCAUCGCCACCAUCCGUGCCGCCAAGGCCGUCACUCAGGUGAUGAAGGACGGGGGACCCUUACCCCCACCUCCUCCUCCUUCAUACGAUCCAGAUUAUAUUCAGUGUCCUUACUGUCAGCGGAGGUUCAGCGAGAGUGCAGCUGACAGACACAUCAAGUUCUGCCAAGAGCAGGCGGCUCGCAUGCCCAACAAAAACAAGCCAGGAGAAGCCAAGAAGCCUCCUGGCCGCACACAGUACAAACCUUCUCCUGUAAAGAAGGUCAACUCCUCUCCUGUGUCACCCAUCCCCUCAGCCUCUUCUCGUCUACCCCAGAGAUCAGCAGGACAGCUCUCCGGAAUCCCCUCGGGUAAGGUCUUCUCAUCAGGCUCAGUCAGGACUACUCCCUCUGGCCUCACCAGCCCACCAUCAUGUGUGGGCGGUAAGGCUCGGGUCGUGAGCUCUGGUUACGGAUCUACGAGGAACUCUCAGCUUGGAACAGGAUCCAACAAGAAGAAACCGGAGACCCACAUAUCAAGGGAUGACGGUGACUGUGGAGAAGAAAUUGGCAACGGUGGAACGAAGAGCAAGUUUUGUCACGCCUGCGGUACCAAGUACCCUGUUGUAUCUGCACGAUUCUGCUGCGAGUGUGGGGUCAGAAGGAUGCAUAUCUGAUUUAAAUUUAGAGGAAACUAGGGACACGCUUAAAAAAGGAUAGAAGAAUUUCACCAAAGCAGGAAAUACAUUUAAGGAAAAAAAAAACACAUAAUCUUGAAUUUCACAGAUCAGCCUCGUUUCCAUGCAGCUGAGGGCAGAUUAAACCCAGCAUUUUCACUGAUGCUAGUAUAAUAAUCCAAAACCUAACCUAAAAGUUGCUGAAUAGUUCUGUUUGAGCAAUAGUUGAAUUUUAGUGAUCUGGUUUAAUGUUAAACGUUGAUGGUUUGUUGUUUUGAUCAAUGCCAGCUCAGUGCUAGAUUUGCUCACAAGAAGCUGUUUACAGUCGCAGCCCAUCACAUAAAACGUUAGAAAUGUUAUUUCUACGGAUACACACUCAGAAACAGGCUAAUUGGUCCUUAGAUUCACAAUGCAUUCCUGACCUAAACAAGAGUGUGUUCCUAUUCAAGUGCAAUACAGUCAACUACUGAAGAAAGCAUUGUGCUUUUCCAAGUUUUAAUCUGUCGGAUCUUACAUCUUUUAAAGAUCCACGCUCCCUUUGUUCUUACUUUAAAGGCAAUUUUCCCAUCAAAUACAAAGUAGCAUGAGCUCUCUGCUUUAGAAAAGAAACUUUUAUUUUACCAUCCAGUUUUUUUGCUGACUAUGGACUGCACCUUUCAUUUUUUACAAAAAUAAAAUCUUUUUUUAUUUAGAGUCUUUGUGAACCAGACCAUUUGACGUUUUUCUGUUGCUUUUCUUGACUUUGUUGUUUUUUUAGUCAGUGUUCGACGUGUCUGUCAGAAGAAGAGUAACACUACUUGUGUUUGUAGUGUGGAGGAAACUCUGUCUAAACUAUUUAUGCCCUGACAAAGUUUAUUUACAUGGACUGAAAGGUUGCUUACAUAAGUAAUUUGUGUCAUUUUUAAUCAUUACUGUUUGUUUUUGUUUGUUGUUGAGGAAUAUGAAAUCUAUCCAGGAUGUAAAUGCGUUCCUUGAUGGAAAUUAUUUAAACAGAUAGAAAAGGCGUGCUUCCUUAAACAGCUGUUAGCCUGAAUGUGGCUUUAAUGUUCUUAACGCCAUGAAUAAUAACCAUCAAUAAAAUUCUAUGAGAAAACCCA